CUGACAACUAUGCAUGCUCGAUUUUCGGUCACUGGAUUUCUUCUGACAUUGAUUUUGUUCGUCUAUUCUCGUAACAUACCAUUUCUCGUUGGGCAAGCUACAGCAGACAGGUCACGAUGUCUAUCAUCGGGACAGGUUGGUCAAGACGGGACAUGGAGAGCCGCAACUGAGAAAUCUUCUUCUGAGUCCACGGCCCAUCAGCAGGUCUUGAAUGCAACAGUUGGGUUUGAAAAGGUCUACACCAUCUCGUUACCGGAGAGAAGUGACCGACGAGAUGCAUUCACACUACAAGCACGACUGUCCAACAUCAGCUUUGAAUUCAGAGACGGCGUGCUUGGGUCUGACAUAUCGCCAAAAGCCCUGCCACUGACAUUCGACCAGGACGAAGGCACCAAGGGCUGCUGGCGGGCCCAUCUGAACGUCUUUCAAGAAAUGGUCCGCAAAAACGUACAGUCAGCGCUGAUCUUUGAGGACGAUGCAGAUUGGGAUGUUGCGUUCCGACACCAAAUGGUGUUGGCUGCGGACGCGGUGAGUUUUGUUACCACAUCGCCGCCAGGCCGGGAGUCACCAUACGGAAAUGACUGGGACAUUCUGUCGUUGGGGCACUGUGCUGCAGUGCCACAACAAGACACCGAGAAUUACUUUGUGAUACCAAAGGAUCCAACGGUGUUGCCACCGGAUGCUCGACUAGAGUGGGAGAAGCCCGACAUGGGACCAUGGGAAGAAGGCGAACUGGGCGAUACACAAACUCGACUCUACUUUCGGACGGCGUGGCUGUCGUGUCUGACGGCGUACGCGGUGUCACUACGAGGCGCCCAGAAGAUCCUAUAUCGGCAAAGCAUGGUGCCAUGGAACGAGCCGGUUGACAACGGGAUUGGAACCAUGUGCAAAAAUGGAGAGCUUAACAUGAGUUGUAUCUCGGCUUUCCCGACUCUGGUGGGCAUCUCCAAGCCUGCCGGCUCCGCAAACCGUGGCAGUGACAUCCGUGAUCAGGACAAUGUCUACAUCCAUGAACAGGGCUGGAGUGAGAUGGUCCUGUACUCCAUCAGGCAGAACGUUCCCCGGCUACUGACGGGCUUGAAAACCUUUGUCGCCACCCAUUCACCAGCCCCAGAAAAGACAAUGGGCGAAUUGACCAGUGCCGUUGGGCAUGGAGAAUACCUAGUCGACAAUGUAUGAUAUCAGACAAGUGCGUGUUUAUCUACCCAUGGAGUUUUGUCUACGUAAGCAAUAGAC